ACCUCUGGAGGUCAAAAUGUUGAACGCUGCGCUGAGCUUUGCYUUUCUCCUUAUUUUCGUCUGUCCUUUGGCGUUCGGUCGUGAUUGUCCAUGUGCAGACUCUUCUCUCUGCAAAACCAUGGCAACAACUACAGGAAAAGAGGUUUUUGCUUGGACUUUUGAUCAUCACAGAGAUGUGUGGAAGCAGUACGAUUGGGAUAAAAUCACCACCAUUGCUAUUUUUCAUCACUGGGACGACGAACUCUUCUGCUAUGCGCAUUCAAAAGGUGUAAGGGUUGUUAUGACUACAAGCUAUCCAACAAAUAAUCUAGACAACGAUCAAGAGCGAUAUGCAUGGGUUGAAAACAUGACACAAUAUGCCAAGGACAACUUUGCUGAUGGCAUCAAUAUUGACAUUGAAGGUGGAAUUGCUCAGGGAUCUAAAGAGGUUAAUUUGUUGACAGAACUUGUGGAACUAACAGUAAAAGCCUUCAAGAAAUACAUCCCUGGCUCUCAGGUGACAUUUGAUGUAGUAUAUACACCAGAUUGUAGAUAUUCUGGAAGGUGCUAUGACUACAAGGCUCUUGCUGAUGCCGUAGACUUUUUGAUUAUCAUGGCUUAUGAYGAAACAGGRUUUGCCAGUAUUGCUGGUGCGAAUUCUCAUUAUUACAAAAAUAUUCUAGGUAUCCAGCUAUACAAAAAGCUCAACAUCAGUGGAGAAAAGCUAGCAUAUGGUGUUCCCUGGUAUGGCUAUGACUACACCUGUGCAAAGGUCGAUCCUGAAUUCCAUUCCUGCCAUACCAACUGUAGCAAUGGCCAAUGCCGUCAGSUCAGUUAUUCYCUARUCCAGGAUCUACUUGCCAGUAGAAGUGACAGUGGUCGUCADUUUGAUGAUGGAUCUUUAAGUCCAUUUUUCUGGUAUAACGACGAAUAUGGUACCAAGCGUAAAGUAUGGUAUGAUGAYCCUUAUAGCUUAGGUCUCAAGUAUGAGUAUGCAUUGAAGUACGGCAAGAUGAAAGGUAUUGCUGUCUGGAAUGUUGAUUUGCUGGAUUAUGGUGGCCUGACAAGAGGMGGUCAYCAGACAARAAUGAUGUGGGAAGAACUGCCUGAUUUGAAACACAUCAAUGGCUAGUUGUAACUGAUACAUUUUCUAAGCUACUCUUCCAUAAUUAUUUAUCCCAGGAAUUAUUCUGAGCAUGAAAGCAAGGGGAUGGAGAAUGAUAAAACACAUUCACACUGGGGUUCUAAAAUCUCAAAUUCAAUGAAAUCAUGUUUUACAGAUAAAUCAUUUAU